AUGUCAGAACUUCCUUUGCUACAUCAAAAAGGGAACAAGGAUGAAGUUACAAAACGGACUAAAAUCGGAUCACAAGAUCUACCUAUUGAGACCGACUUUGAAGAAGAAAGCAUUGAGGAUGAACCUAAAGAUAAUACUCCAUCACCAUUUUCUUAUAUUAGCUCAGAGAGUGAAUCCGAUGAAGACUAUAAAUCAGAUAAGGAUGAUGGCUCAUUCAAUUAUGAUAUGAAAGCGGUUUCAUUUGAUGAUUAUUUAAACCCAAAUAAAACGAAAUCCGAAUGGAAAUUAGAAGAUGGUCGUCUAAUUAUUGAUAUUGCUAGCACUAAGACUGCUGAGGUAGUAAAAUUAGCGAUGGAAGAGAAGAACGAACGAACACAAUUUAUGAAAAGUGUUAUCCGAUUAGGGCUUUCAUCAAUCGUCGAUUUAUCUUCAGAGUUUGAAAAUGGAAUGUAUACGUGGUUUGGGCAGGAAUGGACGGGUAUUAAAAGAAAGGUCUAUGGGAUCGUUAAUAUGGAACCAAAUGUCUUCGAAGGGGAGAUAACAAAUGUUAUUGAUACUGUCGAAGAGGAAAGUAGUUUAUUGUCUUCUGCGCAUAUAUACAUUACUUCAUUACUUAUGCCUAUUUUGGCCAUUUUCAGAUGUGCGAUAGUACAGCAAAUAGCCACAAUAUAUUUCUACGUGAUCGAUGAAUUUUUAAAAAAUCCGUCCAUAUUUGUAGACAAAACAGGAAAAUAUAAGGAACUCAGCGAGAUUGAAUAUGCAAUGGCUAUGACUGCACCAAUACUAAAUAAUGUAUUCAGUGACGUCUUUGAUUAUCUGGAACUUCGCUGGGGAGAAACGUUAUCUAAUUCUAUGUCUGAUCGUCGUCGAAAAAUCGAUUUGAGAAUUGUUCAUAAAACAAAAAAACUUGAACUCAGCCAUUCCGAAUCCGCCAAAGCUCCUACACCUGGAAAAGCUGUACAAGAUCGUUCAAAAUGUUUACGAACAUUGAAAGGUAUUCUUGAUAAUUUCUUAAAAGAAGAUUUAUCUGAUGAGGAGGUUCAGGACUCAAAAACAUUAGGCAUUCAAUUUGCUGGUUUGAAUGGGCAAAUAAUAGGGAUAGAUCUUCUUGAUGAUGGACUUUAUUUCGGGUUAGAGGGACCAACUUUUAAUUUUCCGGCACAACUCAUAAAUGUCAAAUGUCUUCGUAGUGCGCUGGAGGCCUUAUAUUUUUUCAAACAAGAAAUUGUUAAAAAAAUGAAGCUAAUACCUGAUCCAAAAAUGGUGAAUCACCCAUAUAAUCGGAUAUUUCAUUCAAAUUCGGGUACAUUAAUGGAGGCAAAACAUUUCAAAAUUAAAUUUGUUCGAAAAACAUAUUUUACACCAAAAGAAAGAAAAAACAGAAACGGUCAUGCUCAAGGUUCUAACGUUAGCUGA